UACAGUAAAAAUGCUCUCUUCACUUGUGUUAGUGAUUAUUCAAAUUACUGUGUCCUUAGGAUUACUGCUAAAUAAUGUUGACAUAUCUGAUUUGGAAAGAAUAAAGCAAGAAAUAAAAACAGAGCUUACUAAAGAGUUUGAUCUCAAAUUAGCAGAAUUUAAGAAGAAUGUCACUACUAGUCUACCUAAUGUCCAACCAAUUGCAUUUAUGGCGGGACUGUCACAUACUAUUGUCAACCCAACCAGCGGCCAACACUUGAUCUUUGACCAGGUGAUCACCAACGUAGGAAAUGCUUAUCGAGCGCUUCAUGGUAUAUUCACUGCUCCAAUUGCUGGAUAUUAUUUAUUUGCUAUUAAUAUGGAAAUUGCAAAUAUUGCAGUCUCACAUUCCUAUCACGUAUAUAUUAUGGUAAACAACAACGAGAUGGGAUAUAUAUUUUUUGAUGGUCAGCAUAACUAUUGGUUAAGAAGAUCAGAUACUAUAGUUGUUCACUUGAAUCAAAAUGAUGAUGUAUGGCUCAAGUGUACGCGUAUUGGAAAUGUAACAAUCAACUCAAAUUUCUUACACCAACAUGUUUCUGGAUUUCUCAUUGCAAGAGAUUGA